CAUCGAUGAGAUCACGCCGAUAAGCCAACGCGGCGCCAACACCGCGCGUCGUGAUUGGUGGCUGUGGAUCGCUGCCUGCGCUAAGCCGCAUUGUUGCCUCGCCGCCCGCCUACUAAAUCUGGUCGCUCGCCCUCCUUUAUCCUCUCGCCAUCCAACUGCCGUCUCUCCCUUCGUUUUCAUCACUAUUUUCAUCGCCGACCGACUCUUUUCAUCUAUAUUCUUGUCGUCCUAUAUUCGUAUAUCGCCAUACGUCAUGGUCGUCCACUCGUUCAUGCGACGGGGCGUGGAGCUCAUCCAGGAGCAGGCCGCGAACCCCGAUAGGCCGUCCGUCGAAUUUCAAGGAUGGCAGGCCGGCCUGCUGACGUUUACCAUCAUCGCUUUCAUCUUCUCUGUCCUGGCAGUGGAAUACACCUACGGAUUGCUGGUCCCGACGCUGGCUGCCAUCGAGGACUCCAACCCCGACAUCUUCGUGCGCAUCGAUACCGACCAAGACCCGACCAAGCCCAUCGACCCUGCCGAUGCCGACGCCGAGAUCGUCGUGACCCCCCCUCGUCCCGUCACCAGUAAGCUGCGCACGACUAUCAAGCACCUCCGCGCCCGGGCCGGCUUCUGGUCGCGAUUCCGUGGGUUCGCCAUGUUCAUCGUCAUGUUCAACGCCCAGGGUAUCCUGUCCUCGAUGUUCCCCGUGUCGCUGUCCAACUUCAUCGGCCAGUUCUUUGUUCAGAUGAUUGUCGGAAUUCUGCUCGCCAACCUCCAGCUCACGUGGAUCCACAUUGUCAUCUCCGAACCCUCUCCCAAGCGCUUCUACCAGCGCAUUCCCGGCUUCAAGGCCUGGAAGAAGAUUGUCCCCGUGUAUGCUUUUGAACAGGCGGUUGUUGCCGGUGCAUUCUUUGUGCCUUUCAUGGUGGGUUCGAGGAUCCCGGCGCUCGACCGUAGGCCUUCCGACUUCACCGACUUGAACCUUGGAACUGCCGCCCAGAUGGCCAGUGUCUUUAGCGUUCCCUGGCUGUGUGCCUUUUUUGCAUCGAUCCCGGCUCGGGCGAUCUUCAUCCGGGUGGCUGCGUCCAUGCUGCCCGAAGAGGACGAGGCCAUCGUGCCUUUUGACCGGUCGUUUGGCGGAAAGGUGGUGCCGGCCAUUCUGGGCGGUGCUGGCAAGCUGAGCAUCUCGGAUGCUUGGAAGACCUUUGACGGCCCUGCUCGGGGGCGUUACUGCAAGGCGAUCUUCAAGGGGUUUGCCAUCCAGGUUGCUAUCUCCACUUUCUUCAUCCUGGUGCUUGUGGGUCAGACAAUUCCUUCAGUUCUGUAUGGGCCUAUAAUACCGUUCAACUCUCCAUACCCCUUUCUCUACUCCCUCCCUCCUCAUACUAAACCCUCAACAAACGUCUUCAACCCCUCAACAACCAACACCAUGGCCACCACCCCCGCAGGUCGUAUGCUGUCCCGACAGCUCUCGCAGAUGCAGUCCGAUAAGGAUAUUCCCGGGAUCAGCUGCGGUCUGGUCGAUAGUAACGUGUUCGAGUGGGAGGUCAUGCUUAUGAUUUCGGACGAUGUCAAGCUUUAUGGCGGAGGCUUCUUUCGUGCCCGUCUCUCCUUCCCCCAGGAGUAUCCUCACUUGCCGCCGAAGAUGAAAUUCGAUCCCCCGCUUUUUCAUCCGAAUAUCUACCCCAACGGCGACGUCUGCAUCUCCAUCCUGCACCCCCCCGAGGAAGACAAGUGGGGGUACGAAUCCGCCUCGGAGCGCUGGAGUCCCGUGCAAACGCCCGAGACUAUCCUUCUAUCCGUCAUUUCGAUGCUGUCGAGUCCUAACGACGAGAGCCCUGCGAAUGUCGAGGCCGCGCGGCUAUGGAGGGAGGAUCCGAAGGAGUUUAAGAAGGAGGUGAGGAAGUGCGUGAGGGCGAGUUUGGGCGAGGAGUAGGAGGGCCUAUUCUUCUCUUUGUGGGUUUUUUACUCCUUGCGUUGAUGGCGCAUUUUUGUUUGAUGGUUUUGUUAUGCAUUUCGAGGUCGUUAGAUCUUCUUUCAUGUUGUGGGGUAUUUAGCUAUUUUUGUUUUUUUGGCUGUUCUUCCCGUUCUAUUGGGAGGGGGUUUUGGCUGGAGUUUUUGUUGAAUGUUUUGCGCCAUUUCUUCGAUUAUUUAUGGUUAAUGCAUAUUUGAUUCAUUUGGUCUGGGUGGUCUUGGUUGAGUCCGUU